CGACGUACGCUCCCGUCUCCGGUCUCCCGACGCUGCACGCCGGCGCGAGCGCAACGACUGAGCGACGGCGCUAACCACUGAAGAGUCGACUACUGUAAGUUCCAGUUCCUUCUCGAGUUCUCCAUUCUCCUAUACUUCUAUACGGGAUACGGCUAUUCUGAAGAAUUCUAGUCUGAAUCACUGCAGAGUGCAUAAUGAACCUUGUGCAUAACUGCAUUUUUUGCAAGCAAACCUAUGUAAAUUAUGUAUGUAUGUACGCUGCCUUGUUGUUGCACUAGCUGGUGCUGCAUGCUAGUUGGUACUUGAAGUUGCCGUGCCGGUUACAUACUAGAGUAUUAUCGAUAGUAAUUGUUGAAUUAUAGAUAGAAUAGUAAUUCCUGAGAAUUAUAGAUAGUAAUGGUUGAGAAAAAGGUUUUGUCUGUGUUUGUGGUACUUGAAGUUGCUGUUAUUUAAUUGUUAUUAUACAUAGUAAUGGCGCAAGAAGUUGCUGUUAUGCUACUUAAAUUUGCUGUCUGUGUUUGUUAAUUGUUGAAGUUGCUGUUUAUGUUACUUGAAGCAAGCCUAUGUAAAAUUAUGUAUGUAUGCUGGCUUGUUGUUUAGCUAUUGGGUUUUAGGCAGGCUUGAACAGAGUCGGAACCCUCCUCCCAACCCGGAAGCCCGGCCGCGAUCGACGGUGCGAUGAGCAGGCGGCCCCGUGACGAGCCCUCCUCCUCCUACACCCCCGUACAAAAGCGCCCGUUCAGCCUAGGCGGCGGCGGGUAUGGGGGGCAACAAGCGUACUCGGAGGAGCAGAUGAGCGCAAAACAUGUGGCAGACCACUACAGCGCCCGGUCGAACCAGUCGCUCGAGGAGCGCGAGAACAGCCCCAUUAUCCACCUUAAAAAGCUCAACAACUGGAUAAAGAGCGUCCUGGUCCAGCUGUAUACGCGUCCAGGAGACCGCGUUCUUGAUCUUGCUUGUGGCAAGGGAGGUGAUUUGAUAAAGUGGGAUAAGGCCAAGGUUGGCUACUAUGUGGGGGUUGAUAUUGCAGAAGGCUCGAUAAAAGAUUGCAUGACCCGUUAUAACGGUGAUGCUGAUCAACAACGACGGAAGAAGUUCAGUUUUCCUGCACGGCUUAUUUGUGCUGAUUGUUAUGAGACUCGUCUGGAUGAGUAUUUAUCCGAGGAUGCUCCAUUUGACAUAUGCAGCUGCCAGUUUGCAAUGCAUUACUCAUGGUCGACUGAAGCACGUGCAAGACAGACCCUUGCUAAUAUAUCUGCAUUGCUUCGUCCUGGAGGCACUUUCAUUGGGACGAUGCCUGAUGCUAAUGUAAUCAUUAAAAGGCUAAGAGAAACUGAAGCAAUGGAGUUUGGGAACAGUGUUUACUGUAUUACUUUUGGUGAAGAGUACACCGAAAAGAAAUUCCCUGCAUCCAGACCUUUUGGUAUCAAGUACAAGUUUCAUUUAGAGGAUGCAGUUGAUUGCCCGGAGUGGGUUGUUCCAAUCCAUCUCUUCAAAUUACUAGCGGAGGAGUAUGAUCUAGAGCUGGUUGUAAUGAAGAACUUCCAUGAAUUUGUAAACGAGUACUUGCAAAAGCCAGAAUUUGCUGAUCUCAUGCGGAAGCAGGGUGCUCUUGGUGAUGGAAGAGGCCAGAGUAUGCUAUUGCAGGAUGAGUGGGAGGUAUCCUAUCUGUACCUUGCAUUUGUUUUGCGGAAGCGUGGCCCUCUGCGGUCCCAGCGGAGAGUCAAUAAUAUUAACAGAGGGAAGACAUUCCUUGCCGAGGAGGACAUUGAGUUUCUCUCGAUAUAAAUCAGACUGCCAUCCUGGAGCUUACUAACAACUUACUGAUUCUAUACUUCACAUCGCUUGAAAGGAAGUUGUAUCUUUAGUGGCUCACCUGUUAUUUUUCCAAUCUGUUGCAUAACUUUACCAAAUGGUCUCAGUGACUCAUGAUGUAAAUUUGCAGGGAUGGAUAAAUAUUAGGUGUCAUAGUUCACACAAAAGCUUUGAAGUUAUACUUAACAUUGAAAAGUGUUUCACGGGUUUUCCUCGUGAUGUGCUCACAUUCUGUACACUUUCAAUUCCUAAAGUGUUGGGCUUCAGCACAGUCCGAAGCAUGUAAUGAUAAUGGCUGGCGAGAACACUGGAACUAUGUAACAAAAGUAUAUCCAGAGGA